CAUGCGCAGAGGAUCUCCACCGCACCACAUUCCCCGCUUCUCCUCGCAGGCAAACAUCCAGGACCUAGCCAUUUGAUUUAUCCUUUCUCCAUGAUCGUCUGAAUAAAUAUACGUGCAUUUCUGUUUCCAGUCCUUACGAGGAGCCCCAACCUGACCGCGGAGCUGCAUUAAAUCCCCGAUCGUGCUCAAUAGAUGCUCAUUUCCUCAUCAUGGCAACAGAAGAUAAGAAACCCGAGACUGACACGAAACCUCCAGUCGCAUCAUCAGCAUCUGCCAGUCAAAGCAAGUCUGCACCUGCCAAGCCAAACUACAGCCUGAAAUUCACAUUAGCCGGCCACACUAAAGCUGUCUCCUCUGUCAAAUUCAGCCCGAGCGGAGAAUGGCUCGCCAGCUCUUCUGCAGAUAAACUCAUCAAAAUCUGGGGAGCAUAUGACGGCAAGUUUGAGAAAACCAUAUCCGGACACAAGCUUGGCAUAUCUGACGUGGCCUGGUCCUCUGACUCCAACCUCCUAGUGUCUGCAUCUGAUGACAAAACCCUGAAGAUAUGGGAUGUCAGCUCGGGAAAAUGCUUAAAAACUCUAAAAGGUCACAGCAACUAUGUCUUCUGCUGCAACUUCAACCCCCAGUCCAACCUUAUCGUGUCGGGAUCGUUUGAUGAGAGUGUAAGGAUAUGGGAUGUGAAGACCGGGAAAUGUUUGAAAACUUUGCCGGCUCAUUCUGACCCUGUCUCGGCUGUUCAUUUCAACAGAGACGGCUCCCUGAUCGUGUCCAGUAGCUAUGAUGGCCUUUGCCGAAUCUGGGACACCGCAUCAGGGCAGUGUUUAAAGACACUCAUAGAUGAUGACAACCCUCCUGUGUCAUUCGUGAAGUUUUCCCCCAAUGGGAAAUACAUCCUGGCUGCUACACUGGAUAACACGCUGAAGCUGUGGGACUACAGCAAAGGAAAGUGCUUGAAAACCUACACCGGCCAUAAAAACGAGAAGUACUGCAUUUUUGCAAAUUUCUCUGUCACCGGUGGAAAGUGGAUCGUGUCGGGCUCCGAGGACAACAUGGUUUAUAUCUGGAACCUGCAGACAAAGGAGAUCGUGCAGAAGCUCCAGGGCCACACAGAUGUCGUUAUUUCGACCGCCUGCCACCCGACAGAGAACAUCAUCGCAUCUGCGGCUUUAGAAAACGACAAAACCAUCAAGCUAUGGAAAAGCGACUGCUAAAGCCUUGUUUGGAUUUUUUUGGGCCAUUCAUAUUUCUCUCUUUUAAAAAAAAAAAAAAUACUUUUUCUUUUUAAUUUUCUACAUUUUGUUGUAAGAAAAGAGGACUUGUUUUCUAAAAGAGAGCUCCUGCGGGAUGCAGCGGGCUUUCAGGUAAUGAAAUUCAGCGAGGAGAACCAAAUGAAGACCCAUCAGCCGAAAACUGCGUCGCGCCUGCAGCGGACGUGUUCACCCUUCUCACAUCUGAGAUAAGCCACCAGUUUGUUAUCGUGCCAGAUUUUGUUGUCUCCACGGGGAAGUUGGUGACUUUUUUGUUUUACUUCAUGUUGAGAUUCAGUUCUGGUGCUUCAGUACUUUUUACACUGCGUUAACCUUGUCACUGCUUCAUACCAACUCUGGUCUUGUACAAUAAAUGUAAUGGUUAUUUGGCCUCUCUAUUACUUCUUUUGCAUUUUUAAUUUGUCUGUGUAAUUGUGUAGUAGCGUCUAAAUGACUUCAAAGUGGGGAGGUGACUUUGACAUCUAGCUUUAGGUAAAUAAAAAUCUAAGUAUCCA